AUGAGUAGAAAGAGCCAGGACAAGGAGCUGAAAGCUAUCCAGAGCACAUCCUCAUCUGCGAGCAUCACUGAUUUUCCCACAUUUAAGGGAACCCCCUCCCUCACAGAUAGAACCCUUCGGGUCAUUAAAGCACUGUAGGAAAGAGCUAGAAGUGGCACAACCAGCCCUGUCUCCCAGUCAGAGGUGUUAUAUAAGGCCACCAUGGCAGUAUCCAACCUCAUGGCAAAUAUGUUGGCUAAAUGGGAGGAUGCAACUUCAGCUGAGAGAAAUCUUCAGGCCUUUCUCUCCACAGGCAUCCUCCGACCAUUCACACACCUGGUGGAGCAGAUCUGAAGCUUUCUUCUGCAGAACAGCACCCCAGUGUCUUCUGUGGCCUGCAGAUCUAAAUCUGAAACUGCUCUCCCGAGCAGAAGGCAGACCGGUGAGCUCCAGAGGGAGCCGUCAACAGAGGGAUACUGGGGGAUAGUCUAUGCCUUCACAGAGCAGUCUCUUCUAGAGCACUUGCUCAAAGAUCUCCUUCCUCCACUAGGAGAUACUGAUGUGGCCUUCUGCUCUCCCUCUGUCAGAGCCAUUGUGAGUCUGACACCCGCUUCUUCUUCACAUAUCGGUCAGCUCAGGGUGUUCUAAGCCAGUGUCCAAGAUCUGCCAAGGAGAAGUCAAUCUCUUGAUGGCAAAAAAUGUGGCAGAAACUCUGUCUCAGACUUCUGGGCUCCUGAUUCCUGAUGCGAGGAGUUCAUUUCACUAACCCAGUUCUUGAGCUCAAAAAGAUUCCCCAGGAGAAGAAACCUGAUCCCAACCAGAGCGAGCGGUCCAGUGGUUCCAGGGUUGAGGCCGUUGCCGAUCCCAGCCUCCCCAAAGCCAAACCAGGGACAACAGAGAAGAGCAAGAAGAUGUCCUUUCUUCAAAGGCUUCGGAAGAUCAGCAUCAAGAAAAGGGUAGAGUAUAUUGUCUUUAGGAAAUGGCGUACAUUUCCUUUCAUUAUCUGGAAUUAGUUCACAUCGUGUGCAUGUAAUGCAUAUGGGUAAUUAUUUGUAUUUGUAUUUAAUUUUUUAUUGAUGAUGUUACAAUUAAUUAAGUCAAGAGAAAAAGUUAAUUCCAGAAAAUAGCAGAAUAAAUUGUCAGGUUAUAUUACAGUGCCUUUGUAAAGUAUUCAGAACCCUUUACUUUUUCCACAUUUUGUUACGUUACAGCCUUAAUCUAAAAUGGACAAAAAAUAUAAUCCUAAACAAUGUACACACAAUUCCCCAUAAUGACAAGGCAAAAACUGUUUUUUAGAAAUUUUUGCAAAUGUAUUUAACAUAACAACUCGAAAUUGAGCUCAGGUGCAUCCUGUUUCCAUUGAUCAUCCUUGAGAUGUUUCUACAACUUGAUUGGAGUCCACCUGUGGUUAAUUCAAUUGAUUGGACAUGAUUUGGAAAGGCAUAUGCCAGUGCAUGCCAGAGCAAAAACCAAGCCAUGAUGUCGAAGGAAUUGUCUGUAGAGCUCCGAGACAGGAUUGUGUUGAGGCACAGAUCUGGGGAAGGGUACCAACAAAUUUGUAAGUGGAUCCAUAUUAGUCCAUCCGUGUUGAGACGGACUCCCCAUGCGCCUGCUGCUGCUGCUGUGGACUAUACCAGUGAGUAACAGUCUUGACCUCUCACUCUGGCAAUAUUCUCUACAUACACUUACAAUAGGGACCUUAUUCAAAAUGACUUACCAACCUGUGGUGGUGGUGAUGUUUAGUGAAAUUAAUACGGAAAAUAACACAUAGUGGUAGUGUUUAAUAUUUGCUGAUAUAUUGAGGCAACUACCACAUUAAUCUGAUCAUCUGUGCAGGUGCAAUACGUACAGUAUUUGCUCAACUGCAACUGUUUUGUCCACUCAGUGUGUAUGUGUGAUUAUUUUUUUUGGUGGGGUUGUAUUUUGUUACCAAACCUUUCCCUUUGGAAUUGAUUUAAAUGGGAGAGUGUUGGGGUAAAUAGUGUUGGGGUGAGAGUUACUGGCUAUACUGGCUGGGGGUCACGACGUGCGAGCAGCUCGGGCUGGCUGAGUGGUCUGGCCGAUCUAUUGGUCACUCUGUAUUUAAAACAAAGGAUCUUUGUGGGGGCUGGGUGGCUCGGAUGGCUCGGGCCGGUGUCACGUCUUGGACCCUAUCAUUAUUUGUCAGUGUCAUAUGGAUGCAUUCGGAUAUGCGUGCACAUGGAGGUGUGUGCGGGGGAUGGACAUGUGUCUAGGCGGGUGGAUGUGUGUCUGCUUGUCCACGCACAUGGACAUGGGCUCAGUAGACCCGAGGGUAACAUGGCUCCUUACUUAGGUAUCUGAACAUCUUUGUGGUAUAGAUCAUUGUUUGAGUGGAUCUCUAUUCAUUUGAAGGGAUGCUGUUAUGAAUGUAACUUGGGUCUCUGUUCUAUAUCCAGCAUUGAUAUUUAUGAACUUCAAUAUCUUUCCUGCAAAAAUAAAAAUAUUUUUAAGUACCCUAUCGUCACACUUGAGUACAACUUAAUAGAAAAUGACUCAAGUAAAAGUGUCACCCAGUAAAAUACCACUUGAGUAAAAGUCUAAAAGUAUUUGGUUUUAAAUAUACUUAAGUAUCAAAAGUAAAUGUAAUUGCUAAAAUGUGAAAUUCCUUAUAUUAAGCAAACCAGAUGGCACCAUUAUUUUAUUUGUAAAACAUUUCAUGUAUAGAGAAGCAUGUGUGUUUAGUGAGUCUGCCAGAUCAGAGGCAGUAGGGAUGACCUCUUGAUAAGUGUGUGAAUUUGACAAUUUUCCUGUCCUGCUAAGCAUUAAAAAUGUAACAAGUACUUUUGGGUGUCAGGGAAAAUGUAUGGAGUAAGAAAUACAUUAUUUUCCUUAGGCAUGUAGUGAAGUAAAAAGUAAACCUUGUCAAAAAUAUUAAUAGUCAAAUAAAGUACAGAUACCCUAAAAAAUGACUUAAGUAGUACUUUACAUUAAUUUUACUUAAGAACUUUACAACACUGUCUAUUAAUGUAGCAAUGACAAUUGAAAACAGCGAUAGUCUUAAAUACUGUUUCAUCCGAUGUAGGGUUCUAACAGAAGUCUAGAAUGUGGAAUUGUUUCCUUUUUGAAGGGCAUUUGUGUGCCUGGCACAGUAUCCGUAGAAGGAUGAAUUAAAACGUAUGACUAUUCAGUCAGGAGUACAAGAGAUACUGUAGGAGUCACUCCCUCAUCACCAGGCUAAUUUUAAUUCCUGCCAUACUGGAUUGUGGAAAGGGAAGAAGAAAAACUGGUUCAACACUUACAUACAGUAGCUAUUUUACGUGCCAGUAUGCAUUGAGUUUGAUGUCCUUCAAUCAGGAAAUAUAUAUUUUGAAGUACCCUAUUGAAAUAUGUGGUGUCGAGAAAACUAUGCUGAGAUGCUGUGAGAACAAGAAUUCCGCUGACACUGUACUUUGAUUAUAAAGGUUUAUUUAUAUCAAAGGGUUCCAGCGUCAAUUUACAGAUAUCUGCCGAUAUCUGGAGAACAACGACCGAAAUCUGUAAUAUGUUAUUCUGUCCUCCUUUGUUUUAACCGUGGUAUUUAUAUCCUAUGCCCUAUGUAACAUAAUAUGGGUGUUUUCCCUACAGACCAAUCCCAGGAGGCCACCUAACAGACUUCCUCGGCUUUAGGGUGCCCCUAUAGAACUACUCCCCAGAUGCUCCCUUUAAGCUGAGUCAACAUCCUCUAAAACCAUUUGAAACCAUUAGCAAAGUCAUAAAUUCCUCAGAUACCACAUAUUUCCCCCCUUCGAGACGAAGUAAGUCUCGAAAACAAAAAGAAUAGGAUUAUGACAAAUAACAAUUUUUCUCUUAUUGAGUAUCUUUUAACAAUAAAUCAAAUUUUAUUGAGAGUAAACACCCUUUUCUAUGUAGUGUAAAUACAUUUCUAUGAAAUAUGAACAAAUCUCUAUGGAGUGUGAAUACAUUUCUAUGAAAUAUGAACAAAUCUUUAUGGAGUGUGAGAGCAAAACACCUGUCUGGCAGCUUUCUUUCCAAAUAUCCCUCAAUCAAUCAAGACAGUAAAAUUCUCUCAUGGCCCCUCUGCCCCAGGCAACCACUUAAGUACUCCAGAUCAAUUCAUACAUCUUUAUCAAUGCAUUUUAAACUAUGAUGCAAUUUGAAUACACAUGAAAGCCUCAGCAAACAAAAUGCAAUCAAAAAUGUCCACAUUCAGGCUGGUCAACCCAUCGGACCCUCCUGUGGAUUCUCUCUAUCCCUGCCUAGACCCAAUAUCCCUAAGCAUCAACGAAAUAAACAAAAACAUCUGAGAUCCCCACAUGUACCCAAUAACAGCAAAUAUCAUUCUUCAAAAAUUAAUACAGAAAGAAUAUGACACAAAUUAUGUAUUACACAUGCAAAUAUGUCUAUAUAUCAUUGCAGACACUGGAAUGAUGAAGGUGUUGCAGACACCUUCCUUGUUCCACUUCCUCCAGUCCCUUCAUAUUGUCCCUUCAUAUUGUCCCUUCAUAUUGUCCAUGUUUGAGUAUUUGAAUCCCCUCUACACAUUCCCCCAUAUGCUUCUGGAAGAAAAGAAGAGACCAAACAGUAUCUUUUGCAAAACAACACAUUCAAAUUAAAACAUCAAUAUCAACUAAAAAUAUAAAAUGAAUCACAUACCAUUUCCCCCCUUUGAUUCAUCACCAAAUACUAACUAUCACCAUAAUAUUUAAAACCAUUUGAAAAAUUCAAAAUUGAUAUCUAUCCAUCAAUACUCCUUUGAGUCUUGACAGAAGGUUAAACCCUCCUAUCGUUUCAUUUGCAAAACCCUUCAAAUUAUAGGUAAUAUUAUCUAUGUUAUCUUCCCAAAUUUUACACCAUACCAUGGAAAAAGUCCCCACUUCUCUCCUAGACUUAUCCUCCAAUGGUAGGCUUCCCAGACUAUUAAACUUCUCUCUUUCAGAAUCAGAUUUAUCUAUGUCCCUUGCUUCCCCUCUUUUAAUUUUAAAACCCUCAUAUGGAAGCUUCAACUUCAACAUGUAACAACAUCCUUUCCAUCCAUAGGGUAAGAAUAUAUUCUCUCACCACAAACCCCAGAUGUUUCUCUAAAAUUCCCAAUAGUCACAUUACCAUGCAAAACUUCUCUCUCCAUCAAAGUCCUUCUCUUCUUACUAACUGGAACAUCAAAAGUUACAUUACAUUUCUCAUUACUAACCUUAUGUUCAUGCUUACCCAAAGUCAUCAUAUAAUCAUCACCAUCCGAUAUUCCCCUAUACAUCCCCUUUCCAUCAUAUGUUUUAUUUCAACAAAAACAGCUUUUAGCCCUCACUGGUUUCACCUCCAAUGCUUCAUGAAGCGCUGUUAACUGAUUUUCCUUCCUAUCUAACAAAUUCACAUAGGUUAAUUCACUUAACCAAUAACACUUAAACCUAGGCCUAAACAAAUGUUUCCACAACUACAUUAUUUUAUCUCUUAAUGAUUGUUGCUGAUACAACAGCCCUUAUAAAGCAUAAGAUUGACACGUACUUGAUAGAGGUUUAGCUACCUUCUCUAAGAUUCAACCCCAUGUUCCUAGUGCUGGAAUUCUCAACAGACAUGGACCCUCAAGAUUCCUCACUGAUCUUACAGUAUGAGUAAACUUCUUGAACCAAAGAUUCCUACCUGCCCAUCCAUCUUUAAUUUCCAAACAGAAGAAUCAAAUCCAUAUGCCUUCCAUUUAGUUUCUCUCUUCCCUAACGAACAGUAUUGAUCAGAUAUAUCUUCUUGUCUUCCAUCAAAAUCAAACUCAUCCUGUACCUCCAUGAUAGUAUUCUCCCUCUAACAUUACUCAAAAUAAGUUAGCAAUCACUCAUAACCCUCUUCCACUUCAUAUCGUUCUACAAAAUAUACUUCCUUUCACUAGAUAAAACAGCUUCUACUUCUUAUCCUCAUAACAACACUUAUUCUCCAUAAUUAUCUCUCCACAUGAGAGGAAUCUCACCUCUACACAUUCCUUCUCUCACAUCUACAAGGAAGAUGAGCUGUACCACCCAUCCUAACCCUAAUGACAGUCUUUUCCUCUAAAAUUGGUGCUGGAGCAAUUGGCUCCCUUGUAAUCAAAUGUGAUACAUUUAUAGCUUUAAUAACUGUCAAUGUUGAAAGAGUUGAAUUGCUUCUCACUGUUGUUUUAAUAUCCCCCUGCUGGGAAUUGUACACAUAAAGACUACAAUCACCCUAAAUCUUCUCUUAUCAUUCAGCAACGCAUACUUUCUCAAUGCAUCUGCUCCUUACAGAUCUAAACUCCUACCAUAUCUAUCUUCCCACUGAACUCUAAAUUUCCCUUCACCACUGUUCUCUCUCUCUUACUAACUAACAUUGAAGCUGAGCUGACUGUCCUAGAGUUCCUUCAAUUCUAGUUUUCUUAACUUUUUAGUCUGACUUUUUCCCCUAAUUUUUCAAAAACCAUUUCACUGAUUUAUCCACAAAUUCCUUUCCCACUAAUUUUUUCAAAGACCAUUUCACUGAUUUAUCCACAAAUUCCUUUCCCACUAAUUUUAGGAUAUUUGAUCCGGAAGUCCCCACCUGCUUAUGACUUCUUUACACAAAAACUUGGCAAACGAUUGAGCAUCUUUUAGCUUAGUUUGAAAUCUUAUUCCCCUCUUGGUGUAGGAAUGUAACCAAGAAUAACAGUCACCCCCUGUAAACAUUAUUUUUUCAGACAGAUUGUCCUCCUUCCUAUGAUAUAGUCAAUCUAUUCAAGCAAAUAUGGUUCCCAAAAACCCUACUCCUUUAUAAUCUUUCUCCUAAUCUCCCCCCUUGCAACAUUAGCUAACCCCUAGCUUCCUAAAUCAUCAGACCUAAUAGGUCCAGAGGCGCUACUAUCAACCCCUCAUGGUUUCUCCCAAAACAACAAUUGAUUCCUACUCUAAGGAUUUUUUUCUAUUGUCUUUAAAACACCUGCUUUUGAAAGUCCUUCAAUUUCUGGUUCAAUCCCUUGGAUUGCUUCAUCUUUCAAUGGAUACUGAUUCUUCCAAGGAGGUCUUCCUCCUCGUCGAAGUUCAACUUUCACCUCAAUUGGGCUGAUUUCACAAAUCCAAUAUCAGUACUACUUUGAUAUCACAAACAUUCUUGAACUUUUUGCAACAUCUCCUCUUUAAUAGAUUCUCAAUCCAUCUUCACACUUCAAACAGAUUAAUGUGUCUUCCGUACAGCUUAUGACUCUCCUUGUCCUUGAGCCAAAAUCAUUAUUUUCAGAAAUCGCUGAUCUUCACUCCUCCAAAUCCCCCAAUUAUCUUCCAUCAUUAACUAUUGGUAAACCUUUUCCUUUGGCACUUCUACCAGACAGCCGUCUGGUGUACAUCUUAUUGUACAAUUCAAUUUCCACAAUUCAUCUCUUCCCAACAAUGCAAUAGGUAUAUGUUCUGAUACCAGUAUGGGUAUUGUAAUUUUCUCAUUUUACAUCACGUCAUUUUUUUUAGCAUACAUUAUUAAUUUUUUCAUACUGGCCCCCCGUGGGAAUCGAACCCACAACCCUGGCAUUGCAAACGCCAUGCUCUACCAACUGAGCUACCUCCCUGCCGGCCAUUCCCUCCCCUACCCUGGACGACGCUUGGCCAAUUGUGCGCCGCCCCAUUGGUCUCCCGGUUGCGGCCGGCUACAGCAGAGUCUGGAUUCAAACCAGGAUCUCUAGUGGCAGAGCUAGCACUGCGAUGCAGUGCCUUAGACCACUGCGCCACACGGGAGGUCACUUUCAUAGCAGAGCUCAAUUGGUUCCUUAAGAGUAAUCAACUGUUUUACUCCCUCAAAUCCCUAUCCUAAUUAGUUGAUUUUGACAUAGUGAGAUGUGUAACCUCUUCAGGCUGAACACAGAUAAAAGCAGUUCCGCUAUCCAUCAUCACUUCCCAUGGUCCGUUGUUUAUUUUCACUUCAAUUGUUGGAUCUUUUUUCCCUAACUGGUGCUACCAGCUGACACCCCCCUUUCGGAUCUUCUAGGCACCCCUAGAAUCCUUGCUCCUUGCCCCUAUAAGGGUUCACCUGUCCUCCAGAUGAACUUCACUUGCUCCUGUAUCUUCCUCUGAAAUUCCCUCUGUUUCCUUCUGGCCCAUUACACUCACAGCAAAGUCACCAACCUGUCCACAAUCAUAACACACUUCUUAAGAUUGCUGGAAGUAUGGCUUAAAUCUUCCUCCUCUUCCUAAGCCUUCUCGUCCUCUUCCUCUCCAAUUCUUUCAGUCCAGAAACUAUCUAUGGAUAUGAAACAGCUUGUACCACUAGUUGUGGCUGGUACAAUUGCAUUUGACCUUGUUCAGUUGAAGCUGUGGCAGUGAUUGUUGAUUUGGUGCACACUGAUUCUUCAUAACCAAAGCUUUUCUUCUCCUUCUUAUUCUCCCCCAGUUGUAUUUGAUUAAGUUUUCUGAGAGUUUCUUGGUCCUGUUCUUUCUAGUUGUUGACAUAUCGGUAUUCUUCAAAGGCUUAUAUUCUAGGUUCUGUCCUCGAAUGGUCACUGGCAUCAUCUUCUUACUGGUGCCCUCUUUCCUUUCCUCGAUGUAUUAUUCUUCUCCAAUUCUUGGGAUCCUUUUCUCGGCAGUUUUUUCUUCUCUUCUUCAUCUUCCGUAUUUUCAGCUUCUUGAGUUGUUCUUUGCAGUUCUCUUACUACUUCUAAAUUAUUCGCUUUAUCCAGGCAUGAUACGCAUCGGUCUAUAUCUCUUUCCAUUUCUUCUGUGCUAGUCAUUGUAGGAUAAAAUCCUCCUGAACAUAAAGCACCUUUAAUCUCCAAAUCUUCAUUGCUUUCUCCAUCUUCACUUUCCUCAGAGAUCGAAUCUCUAGUAUCCUUCUUCUUCCUCCAACUUCCAUCAGAGAUCAAAUCUCUAGUAUCCUUCUUCUUUCCUCUCUUGCCAACUUCCUUCUGAUCACAGAGUCAUAUCCACCAUGAUCUCUUCUCAAUCACUCUGAUCAUCAUCUUCAAGUUCCAUCUUCCUGAACCUCACUCCACCCUUAGUUUCCAGAUGUCUCAUUUUCUUCUUACUUUUGGAGUUUUGGAUUCAUCUUUAUGGUCGUUUCUGCUUUUCCUCUCUCUAUUAUUCAAUCACUUUCAUCAUGUUGAUGACGUCAGGGUUAAGAAUCCCUUCCACUAGCCAUGGUUGUUCAAUGUCAGGCCAACGUUUAUUCCCUUUUCCAGAUAACCUUGCAAUAACAUUAACUAAAGGAUUACUAUUUUCUACUACAUCAACAGGAGUAAUUACUUUCAUAGUUUUUUAUGUCCUUUUUCCCCAUUGUAACAACUCUUUUAUAUUCCUUUAUUGUGAAUUAUUUCAUUAUUUUAGACUAUGUAGCUUAUAGUUCCCUCUUUUUUUUCUUUCUUCCCCUAAUUAAUUAAUCAAUUUAUGUAUUAAUUUAUUAAUCCAUUUACUUAUUUAUUCAUUUUAUUUUACCAAAUUAUUGAUUAGUGGCAAUCUUACCACAUCCAAUCAGGAAAGUAAAUGAAAGUAGUCAACUUCAGAGCAACCCAAAAAAUAAAGACCUCUAAUCCAGCAACACUACAGCACUCACAAACCCCAUUGCUUAAUAAGCACCCAAUUACCUUAGUUUUACAGAAUAAUGUCAGUACUCGAUUUCCCCACUCAACUCUAAUCAAACCCACUCAUGCACAAAAACUCCAAAAUGCAAUUCUUAAUUACAUCAAUUGAUCAGUAUGUUGCCAAGUCCUUGUCAAAUUGUCAUAACAUCAAAUAUACUAGGCACCCAAAAUAUCCUCUAUGGGAAGGUACGUUUUGUAAAUAGAACAGUACUAGCCUUGAUUUGACUUGAUCCGUUGCAGCACACUCUGUCGCAUGAUGCACUCGUCAGCACUUCCUCUCUGUCUCCUCCUCCUUAUCGUCUCUCAUAUCACAGAAGAACAAAGAAACAGACAAUAAUUUAGUAGUUUAUGCACUCACUGAGUUAUUUCAACCAUUCAAUAUUCCUCUAGUCAUACUCGCUCUAAGAAAUAACUCAGGAAUAUUAUAAAUAUCUCAACAUUUUAUUUAUUUUAUUUUUUAUUUUUAAUCCGUCAACAUAUCUCUCUCAUUUAUCAAUUUAAUAGAUCUCAAUCAAAUAGUUUCAUCAUUAAGCAACAGCCUAUUUCAAUCAAUUCAAUCAAUUUUAUUUUAUAUAGCCCUUCUUACAUCAGCUAAUAUCUCGAAGUGCUGUACAGAAACCCAGCCUAAAACCCCAAACAGCUAGUAAUGCAGGUGUAGAAGCACGGUGGCUAGGAAAAACUCCCUAGAAAGGCAAAACCUAGGAAGAAACCUAGAGAGGAACCAGGCUAUGAGGGGUGGCCAGUCCUCUUCUGGCUGUGCCGGGUGGAGAUUAUAACAGAACCAUGCCAAGAUGUUCAAAAAUGUUCAUAAGUGACAAGCAUGGUCAAAUAAUAAUCAGGAAUAAAUCUCAGUUGGCUUUUCAUAGCCGAUCAUUAAGAGUUGAAAACAGCAGGUCUGGGACAGGUAGGGGUUCCAUAACCGCAGGCAGAACAGUUGAAACUGGAAUAGCAGCAAGGCCAGGCGGACUGGGGACAGCAAGGAGUCACCACGGCCGGUAGUCCCGGCGUAUGGUCCUAGGGCUCAGGUCUCUCAGUUGGCUUUUCAUAGCCGAUCAUUAAGAGUUGAAAACAGCAGGUCUGGGACAGGUAGGGGUUUCGUAGCCGCAGGCAGAACAGUUGAAACUGGAAUUUAACAAACAGAACAUUCCAUUGUGUUCAAAUCAUUAAGAGUUGAAAACAGCAGGUCUGGGACAGGUAGGGGUUUCGUAGCCGCAGGCAGAACAGUUGAAACUGGAAUUUAACAAACAGAACAUUCCAUUGUGUUCAAAUCUCCUCCACUCCUCUGUCAGCUCUGUCUGUUCUGAGUCUGCGUCUCCCAGCAACUCAGUGCAGGCAGAGGAGUGGCACAUUUGCUCUACGUAACUCUAAAGUCAUAAAAUCACACGCAUGCGUAGUACAUUCACCAGUGCGAUUUCAGAGUGGAGGGAGCUCUCUCCCAGCUAGACAACAAAGUAAACAGUCCCGCUGUACUUCCUCUCUUUUACCCCCCAUAGACAAACAGUAACACUUUAACAGAGCUCACAAACCAACAUAAAACAUUGAACACAAAUCCUACUUUCUUCUACACACAUACACAUACAGUUUAAGAGGCUUAUCCCAUUCCUAUGGACCCCUAAGGCAGUAUGCUACCUCCAUUGCGCCGUAUAUUUCCAUUGUUCCUAAAUUUCUGCUACCACGAGUUCCGCGGACAUUCGAUGAGCGGUCACAUCAAUCAUAUAAUUCGUCAACCAUAAGUUAACAUAAUAAUGUUAUGAAGUGAUUUGCAUUUUAAUGAGGGAAAUAAGUAUUUGACCCCUCUGCAAAACAUGACUUAGUACUUGGUGGCAAAACCCUUGUUGGCAAUCACAGAGGUCAGACGUUUCUUGUAGUUGGUCACCAGGUUUGCACACAUCUCAGGAGGGAUUUUGUUCCACUCCUCUUUGCAGAUCUUCUCCAAGUCAUUAAGGUUUCGAGGCUGACGUUUGGCAACUCGAACCUUCAGCUACCUCCACAGAUUUUCUAUGGGAUUAAGGUCUGGAGACUGGCUAGGCCACUCCAGGACCUUAAUGUGCUUCUUCUUCAGCCACUCCUUUGUUGCCUUGGCCGUGUGUUUUGGGUCAUUGUCAUGCUGGAAUACCCAUCCACGACCCAUUUUCAAUGCCCUGUCUGAGGGAAGGAGGUUCUCUCCCAAGAUUUGACGGUACAUGGGCCCCGUCCAUCGUUCCUUUGAUGCGGUGAAGUUGUCCUGUCCCCUUAGCAGAAAAACACCCCCAAAGCAUAAUGUUUCCACCUCCAUGUUUGACGGUGGGGAUGGUGUUCUUGGGCUCAUAGGCAGCAUUCGUCCUCCUCCAAACACGGCGAGUUGAGUUGAUGCCAAAGAGCUCCAUUUUGGUCUCAUCUGACCAAAACACUUUCACCCAGUUUUCCUCUGAAUCAUUCAGAUGUUCAUUGGCAAACUUCAGACGGCCCUGUAUAUGUGCUUUCUUGAGCAGGGGGACCUUGUGGGCGCUGCAGGAUUUCAGUCCUUCACGGAAUAGUGUGUUACCAAUUGUUUUCUUGGUGACUAUGGUCCCAGCUGCCUUGAGAUCAUUGACAAGAUCCUCCCGUGUAGUUCUGGGCUGAUUCCUCACUGUUCUCAUGAUCAUUGCAACUCCACGAGGUGAGAUCUUGCAUGGAGCCACAGGCAGAGGGAGAUUGACAGGUCUUUUGUGUUUCUUCCAUUUGCGAAUAAUCGCACCAACUGUUGUCACCUUCUCACCAAGCUGCUUGGCGAUGGUCUUGUAGCCCAUUCCAGCCUUGUGUAGGUCUACAAUCUUGUCCCUGACAUCCUUGGAGAGCUCUUUGGUCUUGGCCAUGGUGGAGAGUUUGGAAUCUGAUUGAUUGCUUUUGUGGACAGGUGUCUUUUAUACAGGUAACAAGCUGAGAUUAGGAGCACUCCCUUUAAGAGUGCUCCUAAUCUCAGCUCGUUACCUGUAUAAAAGACACCUGGGAGCCAGAAAUCUUUCUGAUUGAGAUGGGGUCAAAUACUUAUUUCCCUCAUUAAAAUGCAAAUCAAUUUCUAACAUUUUUGACAUGCGUUUUUCUGGAUUUUUUUGUUGUUAUUCUGUCUCUCACUGUUCAAAUAAACCUACCAUUAAAAUUAUAGACUGAUCAUUUCAUUGUCAGUUGGCAAAUGUACAAAAUCAGCAGGGGAUCAAAUACUUUUUUCCCUCACUGUAUAUAUAUACCACAACCUCAAGUCCCCGGGACUUACCUAAAUUCACCUAACGUGCUUUUAGGAUUUUUCGGCCCAUCCUAAUGAUCGCCUCGUUAGAGGGCUUUCCUAGAUUCGCAAUGUCCUAAUUUGUAUACAUUUACCUUAGUUCCUGGCCUUUCCUUCAUUGUAUUCUUUUUGAUUUUUAUUCAAGCAAAAUAUCCCUAUAGACACUCCCCCCUGUUUGCGUUGCUUUCAACGCAAACAAAUUUAGAACGGACUCCUAUCCCACAGCAAAUAACAGCAAAGCACACACGCAAGUUCUUAACGGUGCAUUCAUUCAACGCACACACACAGACACACGAACUGACCAGUGCCCAAAGUAGCGAGAACUCACCCUUAUCUGCCGGACUCUGGAGCGAGAGUCAGCUCGGCGCCCAUGAAUGGAACGCUGAGAAAAGACUCAACACGACCAAAUUCCUCGUCGCCAUUUUGUGGUGUCGAGAAAACUAUGCUGAGAUGCUGUGAGAACAAGAAUUCCGCUGACACUGUACUUUGAUUAUAAAGGUUUAUUUAUAUCAAAGGGUUCCAGCGUCAAUUUACAGAUAUCUGGAGAACAACGACCCAAAUUUGUAAUAUGUUAUUCUGUCCUCCUUUGUUUUAACCGUGGUAUUUAUAUCCUAUGCCCUAUGUAACAUAACAUGGGUGUUUUCCCUACAGACCAAUCCCAGGAGGCCACCUAACAGACUUCCUCGGCUUUAGGGUGCCCCUAUAGAACUACUCCCCAGAUGCUCCCUUUAAGCUGAGUCAACAUCCUCUAAAACCAUUUGAAACCAUUAGCAAAGUCAUAAAUUCCUCAGAUACCACACAUACUUGAGUAAAAGUAAAGAUACCUUAAUAGAAAAUGACUCAAGUAAAGUGAAAGUAAUCCAGUAAAAUACUACUUGAGUGAAAGUCUAAAAGUAUUUGGUUUUAAAUAUACUUAGGUAUCAAAAGUAAAUGUAAUUGCUAAAAUUUCAACUGAGCAUGUUAUCUUGUUACCAUGGCUUUGGCCAUGUUUAGAAUUUCUGAUUUAAUCAGGUACAACAGAAUGAACGGAAGGGAGUGACAGGAAAAGGAUACAGUAUUAUGUAAUAGAGGAUGCCGCCACAGAAAUAGCUUUGGUGUCUCAUUGUACUGUAGUACAGAGAUGGUUCAAAAUAUGCAAGGAAGGUUAGCAUAUUCUGAUAGCAAUUCAAAACCUUGCAUAAACUAAAUGGUGUAGAGUCGAGAGUUACGAGACGGAAGAGAAGCUACUGCUGUGGAUACAUUCUCUUGUGAGUAGAAUCUUUUUCCUUUUGCUUUCCAACCUAUUUUCUCUCAUCUAAAUGGAAAGUGUGGUCUAUGUCAAACUGCUCUGGAUGGGUAGUAUUGUUUCAUAUCUUUGUCGCCACAGAACCAUCUCUAAGGGAAAAAAUUAUGUCAAGCACAUUGAAACACAUUAUGUAUAUAGCUAACAAUGUUCAAAAUAUAGUUUUUUGUUGUUUGAUUUUACAAAUGAAUGAAUAGCAUUUAGCCAUCAAAGCUCCCUCAACUACAUUAGGGGGAUAUGCCCCUGCCCAUGACAAUGUGCGUGAAAAAGUGCAAGUUUAAAUGCUGUUGCACACUCUUCCUCCCUUUGUAAAAUAUAAAUAGCUCUGCAGAUGUGAUGGAAACACGGCAUAUCCUGGUCUCCGUAUUUGUCUGAUCCUGGCCCUCUGUGAGUUUUUUAAAUAAUCCUCCAUCUGUCAGUAAGAUAUUGCUCUGCAAAAAUAACUAUGGUACAGUAAUGUGUACAAUAGAUGUACAGUAAUUCCUUGUCUAUCUUUCCUCAGUGCUCCACCCACACCAGUGCCUGUCAGUGUAUUUCCAGAACCAGGGUCUCCUUUAUGUGGCUCUGGGGAGAGAUCUGGUCCUGCUGACCCAGUUCCAGAUUACACCAACAGAGAAGAUCAUCAUGGUGACUUGGGACCGCGAGACUGAGAAGGGUCAGGGACAGGUCAGGCUGGCCAAUCACCAAGAUGCACCUGGCAAUCCUCUAGACCAGAAGGGGGCCUUAUUUAGGGUGGCGAAUAUAAGUUCAUCUAACUAUGGAGUCUACACCAUCACUGUGACUGACCAGAUGGGGAACGAGGAAUCCUCAAAGUUACUUGUUAGAGAGAGUGGUGAGAAACAAUUACACCAGUAAUUCGGGUCACUACCUAGAUUUAGUUUGGGGCAUAUACUGUGCAAACUAAAAAGUCACAUUAGCCUCGGUCACAGGCUUUCACCUACCCUUCCGAACAAUGUGAGUGAAGCCUGGGUGCCGAGGCUAACCUUAUGUGCAGAACUAUGUAAGGACGCAGUAACCAAUUUAGCUAUAUUUGGACCAUUUGUUCCUCCUAACUUUUUCUCUCCCUCACUCUCGCCUAGUUGCUGCUCCUGUGGCGUCUUUGCCGCUCCUGUGUGAGGUGGCCAAUGACAGGGCACAGUGGGACAGCCCAGUGUUUUCCUGGUUGGUGGAUGGGGUAGAGGUGUCCAAUCAGACAGCCAAUCUCUCUACAGAUGGCAGGAGACUCUACGUGUCUGGAAUGAAGGGCCACAACUACACCUGUGUUGUCAACAGCAGUCUGGGGACUAGUGUUACAUACUACAUCACUGGUAUACAUGUAUUAUGAUUUUAUAUUAUAAUUAUUUUGAUUGAGGUUUUUUGUCUUUCAUGCUUCUUUGCUGUGGCCUAGAUUCUUCUACACCAUCCCAAAGUAACCAGACCUUUGAGACUCUGUGUGGUGUACUAUUGGCCAUCAUCAUAGUGCUUCUAAUCAUAUGUGGACAUCUCUGUUGGUAAGAUAACAGAACAUCUCCCCGGAUUGUCUUUUACAGUAAUAGAUUAAUAAACUCCCGGUAUUCUGUUUGGUGCGCGCACACUUUUGACAUUGCUGUGUGUUAUUAACAGGAGAUGCAAGCAGCAGAGGACGAAUGGGAUUAUAUGACCUGAGGAUGUCCAUCGCUUUCCAUUAUCAUUCUUAUUUAUGACACUUUGUUACUCUGUUACACACUGCACGAUCACACAAUUCCUUGGCACAUGCAGAGACCGUAUGAUAUGAGGAGUUUAAUGUAAUAUUCUAUUGAAACAAGUCACACUACCAGACAUCAAAGAUCAUUCCUAUCAAGAGCUUUGGAACUAUGCACCAUGAAUAAAAUAUAUUGAAAUGCCUAUUUAUUGGCGUAUUUGUAUGGCUGUUUGUGGUACAUAUUGAUGCAGUGUCCACACAUAUAUUUGGAAUAUUAAUAUAUUUUUUAAGUACUGUAUGCCAUCACAUUAAGAUUUGUGCACAUGUACAAAUAUGUUGAAAUGUACCUAAACCUGCUUUGUAAUGCCUAUGUACAGUGCAUUCAGAAAGUAUUCAAACCCCUUGACUUUUUCCACAUUUUGUUACGAUUCAGCCUUAAUCUAUAAUUGAUUAAAUAGUUUUUUUCCCUCAUCAAUCUACACACAUGACAAUGCAAAAACAGGUUUAGAUUUUUUUGCAAAUUAUUUAACAAUAAAAAACUGAAAUCUUAUAUUUACAUAAGUAUUCAGACCCUUUACUCAGCACUUUGUUGAAGCACCUUUGGCAGCGAUUACUUCCCGAGUCUUCUUUGGUAUGACGCUACAAGCUUGGUACAUUUGUAUUUGGGGAGUUUCUCCCAUUCUUCUCUCGAGAUCCUCUCAAGCUCUGUCAGGUUGGAUGGGGAGCAUCGCAGCACAGCUACUUUCAGGUCUCUCCCAGAGAUGUUCGAUCAGGUUCAAGUCCAGGCUCUGGCUGGGCCACUCAAAGACAUUCAGAGACUUGUCCUGAAGCCACUCCUGCAUUGUCUUGGCUGUGUGCUUAGGGUCGUUGUCCUGUUGGAAGGUGAACCUUCGCCCCAGUCUGAGGUCCUGAGCGAUCUGGAUCAGGUUUUCAUCUAGGAUCUCUCUGUACUUUGCUCCGUUCAUCUUUCCCUCGAUCCUGACUAGUCUCCCAGUCCCUGCUGCUGAAAAACAUCACCACGGCAUGAGGCUGUCACCACCAUGCUUCACCGUAGGGAUGGUGCCAGGUUUCCUCCAGAAGUGACACUUGGCAUUCAUGCCAAGAAGUUUAAUCUUGGUUUCAUCAAACCAGAGAAUCUUGUUUCUCAUGGUCUGAGAGUCUUUAGGUCCCUUUUGGCAAACUCCAAGCGGGCUUUCAUGUGCCUUUUACUGAGGAGUGGCUUCCGUCUGGUCACUCUACCAUAAAGGCCUGAUUGGUGGAGAGCUGCAGAGAUGGUUUGUCCUCUGGAACUCUCAGAGUGACCAUCGGGUUCUUGGUCACCUCCCUGACCAAGGCCAUUCUCCCCGAUUGCUCAGUUUGGCCGGGCGGCCAGUUCUAGGAAGAGUCAUGGUGGUUCCAAACUUCUUCCAUUUCAGAAUGAUGGAGGCCACUGUGUUCUUGGGGACCUUCAAUGCUGCAGACAUUUUUUGGUACCCUUCCCAGGAUCUGUGCCUCGACACAAUCCUGUAUCGGAGCUCUACGGACAAUUCCUUCGACCUCAUGGCUUGGUUUUUGCUUUGACAUGCACUGUCAACUGUGGUACCUUUUAUAUAGACGGGUUUGUGCCUUUCCAAAUCAUGUCCAAUCAAUUGAAUUUACAACAGGUGGACUCCAAUCAAGUUGAAGAAACAUCUUAAGGAUGAUCAAUGGAAACAGGAUGCACCUGAGCUCAACUUUCAGUCUCAUUGCAAAGGGUCUGAAUACUUAUGUAAAUAAGGUAUUUCUCUUUUUUUAAAUGCAAUUUCAAAAAAUUCUAAAAACCUGUUUUCGCGUUGUCAUUAUGCGGUAUUGUGUGUAGAUUGAUGAGAAUUUCUAUUUAUUUAAUCAAUUUUAGAAUACGGCUGUAACGUAACAAUGUAUGCUAUAAAGCAAAUGGAAUAAAUCCAACUGGGCUUUGUAGUUUGUUUGUGUUUUUUUUAUUUUAGUUGAAACUGGACACAUCAGAUAAUCUUCAUUAUUAUCCGGGUUAUGAUGGGUUUUGCUACAACAAUAUCAAGCUAUUCCUUAAAGAUGCAUUCCAGCUAUUUUGGAACUUUUCCUGUUGAAAAACAAUAUCCCACGUAUAAAUACAGUAAUGUUCAAACACAAAAAAAUAUGUUUUGAGAAACUGUUUUUUAGACAAGUGCAAACUUAAUGGAGUAGGCCAUUCAAGGAGUUGGUUUGAUGGUGCCCUCUGAUGUCAUCAGCCUCCCCCCUUGCUUGCAGAAACAAUAGAGGAGCAAUAGAGAACAAAUGAGGAAAGGCCCACGCCCCACUUGUGCUAUGUCAUGACAUACCUGGACCCCCUAUUGAGAUGUGCAUUUUGUUAAGUAAAUCAGAUGUUAAAUGAGGUGAAAAGGAGACUGGAGUGUGACUUUAAUUUGGUUUUUAAAAAAAUCUGUCUACUUUUGCAAAAACAAAAGGUUUGUUUUCAUAUUGUCAUUAUGCGGUAUUGUGUGUAGAUUGAUGAGAAUUUCUAUUUAUUUAAUCCAUUUUAGAAUACGGCUGUAACAAAAUGUGGAAUAAGUCAAGCGGUCUGAAUACAUUUACAUUUUAGUCAUUUAGCAGACGCUCUUAUCCAGAGCGACUUACAGUUAGUGAAUACAUAUUUUUUUAUACUGCCCCCCCGUGGGAAUCGAACCCACAACCCUGGCGUUGCAAACGCCAUGCUCUAUCAACUGAGCUACAUCCCUGCCGGCCAUUCCCUCCCCUACCCUGGACAACGCUGGGCCAAUUGUGCGCCACCCAUGAGUCUCCCGGUCGCGGCCGGCUGCGACAGAGCCUGGAUUCGAACCAGGAUCUCUAGUGGCACAGUUAGCACUGCGAUGCAGUGCCUUAGACCACUGCGCCACUCAGGAGCUGAAUACUUUCCGAAUGCACUGUAUGCAAUAAAGCAAAUGGAAUAAAUGCACAUUAUUGUGACAGUGCAUGUGUGCAUUUAACCUAUUUUAUAACCUGUAAGGAAAUCUUUGUAAGCGUCCACUUUGCUACACUUCCAUAGGAGACAGUGAAGAGACAUAGAAACACACCAGUCUGGAUGAGUGAUUGAUUCUCUGCAUAAUCUCUGCUGUCAGGUGAAGUGAGGACAAGCACCUCCUAUUUGAUGAGUUAUCUCCAUCCACUGGCUUGUUUUAGAACUGCCUCUAUUCAUAAUAUCGUUUAUGGAUGGUCAUUGUCAUUCACAGAGAAUGUGAAUUGAAAAUACUGUAUUGUUAAUUGUUUUUGCAAAAGUAGACAGAUUUAAAAAAAAAAAAAAAAAUUAAAGUCACACUCCAGUCUCCUUUUCACCUCAUUUAACAUCUGAUUUACUUAACAAAAUGCACAUCUCAAUAGGGGGUCCAGGUAUGUCAUGACAUAGCACAAGUGGGGCGUGGGCCUUUCCUCAUUUGUUCUCUAUUGUUUCUGCAAGCAAGGGGGGAGGCUGAUGACAUCAGAGGGCACCAUCAGACCAACUCCUUGAAUGGCCUACUCCAUUAAGUUUGCACUUGUGUCUAAAAAACCGUUUUUCUCAAAACAUAUUUUUUGGUGUGUGAACAUUACUGUAUCUAUACGUGGGAUAUUGUUUUUCAACAGGAAAAGUUCCAAAAUAGCUGGAAUGCAUCUUUAAGGAAUAGCUUGAUAUUGUUGUAGCAAAACCCAUCAUAACCCGAAUAAUAAUGAAGAUGAUCUGAUGUGUCCAGUUUCAACUAAAAGAAAAAAACACCAAAAAACUACAAAGCCCAUUUUUGAACACAGCAUUCCAACAUUGUUAACUUUCCCUUGAGAGAAUGCUAUUCUAAUUUAAUGUACGUUUCUAUUUGCUCAUUGUGUCUAAACCUUGGUGUGAAAGUAUGUGUCCGGACAAUAUGAUUUGUUGCAUUGUCAUUUGAGAGGGUACAUAGACACAAAUAGAUGGUUGGGGGAGGAGUGAUAAUCAGUGUGAUAAUUUUACAAGAGAAUACAAUAGAAUCCACUUGUUUAAACACAGCUGAGUAGUGGCAUUUACUGUACAGGAAAGGGGGGGAAAUUGCACCGCUUGAAAACAAGGUGACGCCUAAGUACCUAACUGGCUGGACCUCACAAAGGGAAGGGCUGUGAGUACAAAGUCCUGCACCAGACUACAAUCUAUCAGAGCCACUUCUUAGUUUUUGAGGGUUGACAUUUUUCUGUUCUAUUUGCUAAAGGAUUUUUUUUGACGACAUGACAGGUGUUUUUAUAUUGUAAAACUGCAUCCAAGCUGCCUGGCGUGGCGUGCCCUACCCCUGGAAACAGGGUUCCUUUUGAAUGAAUGCACUCCUGCCACUUCCGGACUCAUAAUCUCUGACUCCUAAUCCAUUGUACAGCUGGGAAGGUAAGUGAAUUUCAAACUGCUGCUGAGUUUGCUCAAGUGCAAGUCAUUCUCUAUGCAUAAAUAUAGACCGGUUACUUAACGCAAUCUACUAUGUCAGACUUUGAAAGUAAGUGAAACAAUGACCUCUUCGUUGGAAAACUGGGUCUCUAUUAGUCUAUUAUCAGAGAGGUCAUGGGAACCAUCCAAGACAAACGCUCUAUCUCUCUGUCUCACAGACUCACACACAGGUGCCAUGAGGCUGCAACACUGUCUCUCCUGGAGCCUCUCUUUGCUACUGCUUCUCUUGUGUAAGUGCUUUUGUGCAAAAUGAUACAUUACAUAAAAAUGCCACACUACUGUAUCUAAGUGUAUUGGUGCAACAAGGCAAAGUGUAGUUGACUGCUCUAUUUGGCCAUUUGUGUAUGUUGUAUUUACCAUAUUAGUUUUGAACUGACACAUUAUCAGUAGUCUCAUGUGACAGCCUUAACAUUUGGUUCUGGAUGUCGAGAUUACAUAAAAAGAGAUUCUCAAGUUUUUCAGUUUGUGUGUGAUAAACUGUCUUCAGUGCACACUCAACGUCUGUAAUAAUUAUGUCGCAGUUGCUUGCAUCAGCACUUUUGAAAGAACACGGUUUCAGUUAUUUUAGGUCCUCAUGAGGACAAAGUCAAAGCCAAAGAAUACAGUACUAUUGUAUAUGUCUAGACCGAGCCAAGAAGCGUGCAGCUCUGGUCAUCUGAGGUGAUUGCGACAAUAGGGUGUGUUUCAAUCUGCGUCUUCUGAGGAAAUGAUAUUUUCUCCUUUAGGAGAUGUAAACUUCCCUUUUGUGUUAGAUGGAGGUUUCCACAGAGGGUUAGUGAUGUAACAACGAAGCUUGACAAACAUCACACCAGGCAGAACUGUCAAGUUCUAUCAGUCAUUUGUUGACAUUACCUGAUGAAAGUCCUGUUCACUUCAUACUAAAUAUAAAUGUAAGAACUCAUGAGCUAAGUCAUUAAAAGCAUAGAAUCCAACAAUAUCAGUGGUUAGCAGUGGAGGCUGGUGUCAUUUUAAAUCGGAGGACAGGCUCAUUGAAAUUACCAUUCAUUCCACUCCUCCCAUUACAAUGAACCCUUCUUCCAAUUUCUCUCUCCAUUAGUCUCCACCAGGUGUUAGUAAGGUAUUGAUUUCCAAUCACCACAAUACAAUAAAAACGUAUGAUCAUGUUUCUGUCCCCAGUGUCUUGUAGGUACCAGUGCGUGUCGGUCCACUUCCAGACCCUGCAGCCGGUCAAUGUACUCCCAGCCGGACGUCUAGUUCUCCAGGUCCAGAUCGACCGCGGUCCCAAAGAAAAUAUCUCUAUGAUAACCUGGGAGCGGGAGCCAGAAAACGCAAAACCUCCAGGGAAUCCUGGGAAGGUGACGUUGAUUACAUUCCCCGGUCAAGAAAGACGCUUGGACGGGCGUCUGAGUGUGGAGCAGCAGGGGGCAAUACUGAAGCUGGAGGGCUUUGGCGUGGCGGACAGCGGGGUGUACAUCGUGACCGUCACUGACCAGGCUGGCGUCAAGACCUCUGCGCAGUGUAUCGUCAAGGAGUACGGUACGACGGUCAACAUGGUCUCAUUAGAAUAUAUCAAAGUAGUGACAUUUAACCAUUGCACCUAUGCAACGUAUUAUUUAAAUGUAACUAUAAUGACGUGUUAGUUAUGUGACAAUACAGCUGACAGACUUUCUGAUUAAGUUGCUGUUUUGAAUACAUUCCUAGAUAUUCCUUCCUGUCCCCUGGAGUUAUGUUCUUAUAGAGGAUAAGCUGUUCAGUCAGUUCUGCCUAAGCUCUUUCUUUGUCUUUAUAAUAUAAAUGUAUGCUUCACUGCAGUCCAACACUCAACUUUGAGUAGGUAGUAUUUCAGUUUAUUAGUCCAACGACUGUCUCGCACAAUCUCCAUUCAAUAGUUCCAAGCUCUAUAUUUCUUUCUGUCACGUCUUCUUUCUAAGUUUCUGAUCUGUUUUCUCCUCACAGCCUCAUACUUCUCAAGUCACCACCACCAAGCCUCAACUCACAUUGUUACUUCACAACGCAACCACCCUCUGUUCUCUCUCCACUCUGUCUCUCUCUUUCUCCUCUUCAAGACAAUUUUUGGUUCCAACUUCCAAGUCUCACCUUUCUCACACCUGGUCUCAUUCUCUUUUCUCUGUCUCUUGUCUUUCCUCUCAGAGGCUGUGCACCACCCCUCAGUGAGAGUGAACGUGUCCCACUCCUCCCUGUUCUGUGUGGAGACCUGGGGGACAGACCUUAAAUUCAGCUGGCUCCACGAGCGGGCAGCCAUCACCGAUGUUGUGGGACACGUGUCGCCUGAUGGGAAGACCCUGUUUGUCUCCUCCGCUCCCAUCUGUGGUCACUUCACCUGCAUGGUGAGCAACAAGCUGGGCCACAGCUCUGCCACCUACACAGCAGGUAUGGAACCCCACGCACUAACUAACCCCAUCUGUCUCUCAGUCUCUACACAAACUCCAUCUGUCUCUCAUGCCUGAUUCACACUACAGGGCCAAACCGAGCCAAGACAAGCUGUACUGGCAUGGCCUGGUUACGCAUCCACCAUACUGUUUUUGUUGGAACCGUCCUAGAAAGGACAAUGUUGGCCCUAUAGUGUGAAUCAGCCAUAAGUUUACACAAACUCCAUCUGUUUGUCAGUCUCUAUGCCAGUGGUCACCCACCCUGGUCAUGCAGAGCUACAGUGUAUGCAGAUUGUUCAUCUAGCUACCUAGCGCAGCUCAAGGCUGAAUCACAUGUGGUUGUGCUAGGUUGUAAGAAAACCCUGCAUACCCUGUAGUUCUCCAGGACCAGGGUUGGUGACCAAUGUUCUAUGUAAUAGUCAUACUUGAGUAAAAGUACUCAAUUGUCAUACUUGAGUAAAAGUAAAGAUACCUUAAUAGAAAAUGACUCAAGUAAAAGUGAAAGUCACCCAGUAAAAUACUACUUGAGUAAAAGUCUAAAAAUAUUUUGUUUUAAAUAUACUUAAGAAUCAAAAGUAAAUGGAAAUGCUAAAAUGUACUUAAGUAUCAAAAGUAAAAGUAUAAAUCAUUUCAACUUCCUUAUAUUAAGAAAACCAGACGACACAAUUUUCUGGGUUUUUUUAUUUAUUUACGGAUAGCCAGGGGCACACUCCAACACUCAGACAUAAUUUACCAACGAAGCAUUUGUGUUUAGUGAGUCCGCCAGAUCAGAGGCAGUAGGGAUGACCAGAGAUGUUCUCUUGAUAAGUGUGUGAAUUGGACCAUUUUCCUGUCAAAAUGUAACGAGUACUUUUGGGUGUCAGGGAAAAUGUAUGGAGUAGAAAGUACAUUAUUUUCUUUAGCAAUGUAGUGAAGUAAAAGUAAAAGUUGCCAAAAAUAUGAAUAGUAAAGUAAAGUACAGAUACCCCAAAAAACGACUUAAGUAGUACUUUAAAGUAUUUUGACUUAAGUACUUUACACCACUGGUAAUAGUACUGCAAAGCAUGGGUAAGAAAUCUCAUAUCUCCUUGACAGAGGCAUUGUUGAAUGCAGAACCUAGUCGAUGCCCAAGCUAGUGCCACACCAUCCGUAUCCAUUGAAGGUACAGCCUCUCUGUGUGUGUGAGUGGUGUGCCCUAUGUAGCGUUCAUGUUAAUAUGUACAGUGUUCAUAUUUUUGAGAGCCAAGUCCGAGUGACUCCGAGGCUGUCCUAUGGACACCAUAACAUGUCCCCAUAUUGCUUUGUUGUGACCUUGUCCUGUCUGGUCCAUCAGAGCCGUGUGAGAGAGAGGGCAAAAGGACCACGGUGGCAGUGGUCUCUGUCAUCAUCCUGCUGGUCUGUGGAGCAGCGCUAGCUUUUCUACUGUGGAGGUACGGUAACACACUGACACCACUGAUCAAAUAGUCACGCAGCGCAGAUACACAUUUCAUUUUGAGCUACACUACAUACUGUAAGAUAAAGCCAUAUAUAGCAAGGAAAAGGAGGUCGCUGACAGACUGCAGAAGUAUUUUUUUUUAAAUCAAAGGGAUGGACACCUCAAAAUAAGAAGCUACAAUAUCACCUCAAGGCAUUGCACGCUUGCCAUUGUCAGUUGAUACAAUUAUUUUGUUUAUUCUAUCAGUACAGUGUAGGGUGGCAGGUAGCAUUGGGCCAGUAACUGAAAGGUCGCUGGUUCGAAUCCCCAAGCCGACUAAAUAAAACAUCUGUUGAUGUGCCCUUGAGCAAGGCACUAAACCUUAAUUACUCCUGUAAGUCACUCUGGAUAAGAAUGUCUGCUAAAUGUAAAAAAUGUAUAGUGUGUUGUUGUAUUUACACAUAUUUGGGUUUCUGUUUAGGAGACACAAAUUAUACAGUAACAGAGGAGAGAGGCUUCAGGAGCAUUUUGAGGACAACUUGUAACGGUGAACCAUUGAUUACAGUACCCAAGUUAUUUCGCUACACUCCCCUACUCAAAGAUGGACUCAUAAAAGGACAGUAAGUGUACAAAACACUUUGGGAGGAGCUUCCUGCCCUGUGAGCAGCAUGACCUUUCAAAGCAUUGGAACAAUGUGGAGAGUGAACUGCUUAUUGGCCAAUUGACGAGUUCUAAAAAUGGAAAGAUCAACUUUCGCCCAGUGUGUUGACUGUUUUUGUAGUAGCUAUCAUUUUUAUACUACCUCCUCUUGAUAUUUUUUUAUAUAAUGCUCUAAAAUAAAU